AAUCAAUUACUGUUUAAAACAUAAUCUAUAGAUUAAAUAUUACAAUAUCUUUAACAAAAGAAAAAAACCCACUAAUCGAUUUUAGAAAAUUAAAAUCAGCACAUACAUUCAAUUGGUUUAGUUAGUUAGUUAACAAACUAAAAAAUAAAUAAACAAAAAAAUUAAAAAGCAAUGGAGUUUAAUUUCAUCAUUAAUAAGUUAGUUUAAUUGGACUAGUAAGGCCUUGGUGUAUAUAUACCAAGGGCUAGUAGAAGCAAAGUUAGCAGUUAGCAAGAAUAGUAGUUAGGAUAAGUUUUAAAUACGAUGGGUGAAAGAUCAGCGAUAGCCUAGGGAUUAAAGCAAGUAAUAACAAAUUACGAUAAGGUAUAAGGAACAGACUAAAGAGUUUACAUAGUGGCAGAAGGUAGAACUUGCUAGGGAUUUCUUAAAGUUGGAUAAAAGAAUCUUUUUUAUCGAGAUAUGAUGGGAAAUAUUAAAGAAAUUAAGCCACUAUGUGUGCUUGACUUUUAUGUACAUGAAUCUUGCCAGAGAUAAGGAUAUGGAAAACUACUUUUUGAGUACAUGAUUUAAUGCGAAUAAACCUCACCAGAAAAAUUAGCAUAUGAUCGUCCUUCUCCCAAGCUGAUAGCCUUCCUUAAAAAGCAUUAUAAUUUAGUCAAAUACAUAGCACAAAAUAACAAUUUUGUUGUUUUUGAUUAGUACUUUAGAAGUGAUGCUUCUAGUUAAAACAAAUAAAAUUAAAAUACUCGUUCUUAUUCUUAGCCUUACAGUGAUUAUUCUUCGCAAAUUCCUACUAAUUAUCCUUAACAGCAGCAAUAACAGUCUAAUAGUAAAUCUUAUCCUUAUAAACAAGAAAAUAAUAUCGAUUUAAUGCAACACUCUUCAUCUAGAAACAACAAAGAAUUCUUGAAUGCAGGCAGAGCUAUACUAUCAAAAGAAGAAAUUUAUAAAAAAGAUAACUUAAGUCAGUAGAAUAUAGAAAAUACCUUAAAUAAUAUUAAUAAUUCCUAAUAUUCAACAAAAAGCCAACAAUAGCAGUAAUAUUAAAAAGACUACUAGUUAGAUAAGUAUGAGAAUAAUUGGGGAGCUGACAAAAAUAUCAAAAAGCCUCCCUUCCCUGGAUAAGAUAGAUAACUUGAUAAAAUAUAGUAAAAAAUAUAGUAAACUGAAAGAGAGCUUGAUGUCGUUAAUUAACAAAUUAUUAAGCAAAGGCAAAACCUCUCUCAAGACCCAUUAACAUAAAACCAUAGAGCAUAAAAUGUUUAUAACACAAAUUAGUUUGGAACUUCUCCAUGGGCUCAGACAGGAUUUAAUUAUUAUUCAACAUCAUCUUCUAACUAUGGAAAUCACUACACAUACUACAAAAAAUGA